CAUUCGGGUUUUUCGAUUGAUUCCAAGAUGGACGACGACUUUUGUCGUCUGCAACGUGCGAUUUUUCGUGAAUGUAAAAUUCUGUUUUUUUUAUGAGAAAAUUGUGAAUAUUUUUUCAUCGUAAAACACUGAAUUGAUAGUUUGUUACGUAAUUGGAUUUAUUAAAAUUCAGUGACUAUUUUUUAUUUCAUCAUGAUUCAUUUUCUGUCUUAGACGUAAGCAAAGAAGUUGAAUAAAAUAUUUACAUAAUAACUGUGGAAUAAAAAGGAAAAAAAAUGGUCGUGGGAGUUUUUCCAGCCCUAAAAUUGGGCGUUCUUUUUAUCAAACAAAUAAGCAAACCAAUUGCCAAAUUACUUGUCACACAAGCGAAAAAUCAUCCGGUUUUUCGGACAUAUUUUAUUAUUCCUCCAGCCCAAUUUUAUCAUUGGGCGGAAGUGAAGGCAAAAAUGUACGUGAUGAAUCUUGGAAAACCGACAAAAGUGGCAAAAUUAAAUGAAGCAAUGGCUAUUGAAUUGGGAGCGAAUUUAGUUGGCGAAAUGUUUAUAUUCAGUGUUGCCGGCGGUUGUUUAAUUCUCGAAUAUAAUCGUCAAGUGGCGAAGGAAACGAAAAAGGAGGAAAUUCGUGUACAGCAAGUGCAAAAAUUCACCGACGACAUACAAUCGCUCAUGGAAACGACGAGAAUUCAAGAAGCCGAAAUCGAUUAUUUGAAUAAAACUAUUGUCGAUUUGGCGAAAAAAUCCAAAAUCCAAUUACCCGAGAAACCCGUUUUUAAACGAAUCGAAACAAUCUCAACUGAGUCCGAAAACAAGGAAGAUGUAAAAUUAUCCCUUGUUCAACAAGCAUUGGCCUUUCUGAAGAAAGACGAGGCAAAAAAUGACAAACUCAGUUAAUAAAUUUUGUUUUUACAUUCA